CAAAAAUCUUCUCAAUCUUACAUUAUCUCUUCCGCCGCUCUCCCUCCACGCCGCGCCUAUGAUGCAUGGACUAUGAACGCGGAGCCUCAACAACCAGAAUCGACGAACACCAACAAGGAAGAAGCAGAUAGAGCUCACUGCGACUGGAACUUCCGUCUUGCCACCGUCGUCUCGCCGCCGGCCUCCAGGCCGGAGGCUUCCGAUGCCAUUGGCGCCAUCGAACUUGACCCCUCCGACCGCCUCCUCGCCACCGCUGGAAUCGCCCGCAAGAUACGUUUUUACACUCUUGCCACUCUCCUCCCUCACAACCCCCCGGCUUUUCUCUCGCACUCCUCCGCAUGCGACUUCUAUCUCUGCACCCCCGCCAAGCUCAGCAGCCUCCGUUUCCGUCCAGCCACCGGUUCCCGCCUUAUCGCCGCGGCCGACUACGACGGAGUUGUUACUGAAUACGACCUCGAGAAUCGUGAGUCGGUUUUUGAGCGCCACGACCAUAACGGCCGCCGGGUCUGGAGCGUGGAUUUCUCAGCCGCCGGCGAUCUCGGGGCUUCGGGCUCCGACGAUGGGGUGGCGAAGGUGUGGGACCCGCGAAGUUCCGCGGCGGGAACCGCGGUUCACGCGGGGACUGGAUCGGUCUGUUGCGUGGAAUUCGACCGAGUUGAUAAUGGGCCGUAUCUGGCUCUGGGAUGUGCGGACAGGCGGGCUUAUGUUUACGAUCUACGGGCAGCGGGGGCCGGACCGGUGGCGGUUUUCGGAGGGCACAAGCGAACGGUGACGUACGUCCGAUUUAUGGGAGGCGUGCGGAUGCUGUCGUCGGGGACGGACGGAUCCCACCGGCUGUGGGAGGCCGGCGGUAGGGAGUUGCGGGCGUACAGAGGCCACAGGAACGGGAGGAGUUUUGUUGGUAUGGCGGUGUGGCGGGAGGGUGGGCUUAUCGGUUGCGGGUCCGAGACUAAUGAAGUGUUUGUUUACGAUUUGAGGUGGGGAGAGCCAAUAUGGGUUCGAGGAUUCGGGCCGGCCGAGUCAAGCUUUACGAGCGCAGUCAAUUGGCGUGGCGCCGGCGCCGGCGGUACUGAUGAUUGUACGCUGAUCGCCGGUGGAUCUGACGGGGUUCUACAGUUUUUUUCUUGCCGGCGAAAUCAGCCGGCGGAUUGAUUAAUUAGCCGGUACUCGAGUUACAUUUAUUUCAAAUAAAAUAUUUUUUUUUCUCUGUGAUCGUUCGAUACUCGUGUGAAUGUACUUAAAAAAAAAAAAGAUUGAAAUUGUUUUUAUUUAUGAGUACUUAUUAAGAAGGUUUUGGAGAUCUUGUGUGA